UGAUCUCUGCUCUCUCACUCCCUCCCUGAAUAACUCCCAGGUCAGCACGUAUUCUACUGAACGGAUUCCUCCACCUCGUAUAGCCAUGAAGCUGCUUGUCCCUGUCCCUGUUCUCCUGCUCCUCUGCCUCUCUCUGGGGCCCGUGUCCUCCCAGGAGGCAGAUCAAGCUACUCCCGCGCCAGCACAGACCCUCAAUAACACAGAGAAGGAAUCAGACUGGGGCAUCGGGAGCGUCCGGGGCGGCUUCGAGGCAGUCAGUGGAUACUUCGACUCAUUCCUGGAGCUACUGGGGGGGCGCAAUGGGGUCUGCCAGUACCGCUGCAGAUUUGGAAAGGCUCCCCUGCCCAGGCCAGACUACAAGAGCCCCGAGCCCAACGGCUGCAGCUCCUAUUUCCUGGGACUCCAGGUACCAGAAACUCUUGACCUGGGCAUCCCAGCUAUGACCAAGUGCUGUAACCAGCUGGACCUCUGCUAUGACACGUGUGGCGCCAACAAGUAUCGCUGUGACACCAAGUUCCGCUGGUGCCUCUACGGGAUCUGCUCUGACCUCAAGAAGAGUCUGGGCUUUGUGUCAAAGGUCGAAGCCUGUGAGUCGGUAGCAGACACCCUGUUUAACACGGUCUGGACUCUGGGCUGCAAACCAUUCAUGAACAGCCAGAGGGCAGCCUGUAUCUGUGACGAGGAGGAGAGAGAGGAACUAUAAAGCCAAGGACAGCAGUGCCAGUACUGGAGAGGCAUUCCUGUAUAGAACAUGAAAUAAUACAACAAUACAGUACAAGAACACAGCACAUUCCAAUGUAAUAACAUUCCACAGUGUUAAAACCGUUCUACACAGAGACCAGUGCAGUCAAAAACUAGAUUAAAUAGACAUGUCUACAAUUGUGACUAAACUAUGGACUAUGGAUUUUUCUGAUUGUUGCGAUGCUGGGGCACUCUUAAGGAGUGCUGACCAGUUCCAGCCAAUCAGACUUUCAAAUUCUUGGGCUUAUAGACACUUAAUAUAAAAUAUACAAUGGACAUAUAACUUUGUGGCUCUUAAGGGGCAGACUAUGGUCUUUUGCAUAGGCAAGAACACUGAUCCUAGACUCAAUAACAAACAACACAAUGGCACAUCAGGGGCGCUAAGCCACCUUAAUCAGCCCCUUCAUAUUGUUUUCUUGUUGCUGUAGUCUCGUCUGCACGCUGUUUGCAAACCCAUUGAGCUUAAAUGUGUCAUUAUUUAUUUGUUGUCUUUGCGUGAAAUGAAAACCACAUUGUGCUGGA